UUGAAGAUUAUGGACCAGACUGUGAUAGCAUGAGGAUAACAGCAUUCCUGGAUAUUCCCGGACAGGAAAAUUUAACUCCACUGGCUCGUCUUGAAAAAUAUGCCUUCAGUGAUAACAUAUUUAACAGGCAAAUUAUUGCCAGAGGUCUUUUGGAUGUCUUUCGAGAUUUCAGUAAUAACGAAGAAGACUUCCUGACUGUAAUGGAAAUAGUGGUCAGGCUCUCUGAAGAUGCAGAACCAACUGUACGUACAGAGCUGAUGGAACAAAUACCUCCUAUUGCCAUUUUUCUGCAAGAAAGUCGACCAAAAUUCCCAAUGGCGUUUUUUGAGUACCUUAUGCCCAUAGUGGUGAGAUACCUCACAGAUGUUAACAAUCAGGUUAGAAAGGCAGGUCAAGAAGCACUGCUGAUACUGCUAGAACAAGACCUUGUUGCUCAGAGUGACAUUGAAAAUAAGGUGUGUCCAAUUCUGUUGGAUCUCUCUGCCCCUGACAGUGAUGAUGAGUACAAGGUGGAAGCUGUGAAUAUAAUCUGUAAAAUGGCUUCUAUGCUCAGCAGAACAACGGUUGAACACAUGCUGCUUCCACGUUUCUGUGAACUGUGCAGUGAUGGGAAAUUGUUUCAGGUCCGAAAGAUUUGUGCAGCUAACUUUGGUGACAUUUGUAAUGCAGUUGGACAGGAAGCCACAGAAAGACUGCUGAUUCCCAAGUUCUUUGAACUCUGUUCUGAUAGCGUUUGGGGAAUGAGAAAAGCUUGUGCUGAAUGCUUCAUGGCAGUGUCUUACACCACAUCCCCAGAAGUUCGCAGAAGCAAACUGUCCCCGCUUUUCAUCAGUCUUAUUAGUGACACUUGUAGAUGGGUUCGUCAGGCUGCUUUUCAGUCUCUUGGCCCAUUUAUUUCUACCUUUGCAAACCCUUCAAGUGCUGGUCUUUACAUUCGAGAAGAUGGGACACUGAGUAUCCGACCAUCAACGCAAGAUGUGAAUUCCAAUUCCUGUCAGCCAAGCAACAAUAUAACCUUAAUGUCUUCCAGUACAAACUCUGCAUUGUCCAGUUCAGAACAACCAGUGGACAUCAGACCAGAAUUGUCGACGGAGGAGACUUCAGCUGAAGUUACUACAAAGCUCUCGGUUGAGAACCUAAAUAAAGAUACACGGGAAGAAAGUCCAGUUUGUUGUACCAAUCCUGGAGAAGAUGUGUCUCCACUGUCUCAGAGUGACAAAAUUGCUGCUGAAGUCAUUAAGGACAGCAGUUUUCCUGAAACGCACCCAAGGCUACAGCCUGCUGAGGAUGUAUUUAAUACUUUUCUCUAUUGGCGCCCUCCUCUGCCUGAUAUAAGUCAGGAUCUGGAGUUGCUUCAGUUCAAGACUGAAAAGCACAAAGAUAGCUGCUCUGUGCCAUGUAAUAACUGUGUCGCUAGUAAUGAAAUAAAAAAAGUUCUAGAAAGCUUGCAGGAGCACAUAGAUGAUCCAGAUGUUCAAGCUCAGGUCCAAGUGCUGUCUGCUGCUCUCAGAGCUGCUCAGUUUGAUUCUGUUGGUGACUAUGAGACCAAAAAAAUGGAAGAAGGCAGUGGCAAACUUCAGAGCAAAACUAUUUCAGAAGAAACAGCUCUCUCGGAUGCUACCUGCAACCAGGUGGAGGAGGAUACGCUCCAAUCCCCUGCCUCCCAGGAUAGCAUCAGUGACCAGUCGACCACCGGUCUAGUGAACAGCACGGAGUCAGAGGAACAACACAGAGGAACCAGUGUCUUUUUAAAGAAAGAGCAAGAAAAUAAUCCACCAUUUGAAGAUGACAAGUCAAAAUUACAGGAUAUCAUACCUCAGCCUUUACUAGACCAGUAUUUGUCAAUGACGGACCCGGCUCGAGCCCAGACGGUUGAUACUGAAAUAGCCAAACACUGUGCGUACAGUCUUCCUGGGGUGGCCUUGACACUGGGCAGGCAGAACUGGCACUGCCUGAAAGACACAUACGAGACGCUGGCCUCGGAUGUACAGUGGAAGGUGCGUCGGACGCUAGCUUUCUCCAUCCAUGAACUAGCAGUUAUUCUGGGGGAUCAGCUGACGGCUGCUGACCUGGUGCCAAUUUUCAAUGGAUUCUUGAAAGACCUGGAUGAAGUGCGUAUUGGUGUCCUUAAACAUCUGUACGACUUUCUGAAGUUACUUCAUGCAGACAAAAGGCGAGAGUAUCUUUACCAACUUCAAGAGUUUGUGGUGACUGAUAACAGCAGGAACUGGAGGUUUCGUUAUGAGCUGGCAGAGCAGCUGAUCCUAAUACUGGAACUCUACAAUCCCAACGAUGUCUAUGACUACUUAAGGCACAUUGCACUAACUCUCUGCUCUGAUAAAGUUUCAGAAGUUCGGUGGAUCUCCUUCAAACUGGUUGUAGCGAUACUACAGAAGUUCUAUGCAAACAAUGCAAAUGCGCUGGGAUUAAAUUUCAUUAAUGAACUUGUAGUGCGGUUUCGUCACUGCUCCAAGUGGGUUGGAAGACAAGCUUUCGCCUUCAUUUGUCAGGCCGUAGUGGAAGAAGAGUGUAUGCCUGCCGACCAGUUUGUUGAACACCUGCUCCCCAGUCUUCUGAGCCUGGCUUCGGAUCCGGUGCCGAACGUGCGGGUUCUGCUGGCCAAGGCCCUGCGGCAGACCUUGCUGGAGAAAGGUGCGGUCAUUCCCUGCCCGGGCCGGAAGCCCUGGCCGACCCCCCGGGCGGGAACCCCCGGCCGACCGCUGCCAGUGCGGUUGCUGACGGCUAGCUGA